AUGACGCAAGUUUUAAAAAUUAACCCGACAUUGGUUGAAAAUGGCAAGAUGAUAAAUCUGAUAACGAGAGAUGUGAGUGAAUUUGAAGACGCCAUAUAUAACAUAACCAACAUAUUAAGAGAUCUUUCUAACGCCGUGGCAGCAUGUUGUGUCCUAUAUUCAGAAAUUGGCGGAAUAACAGCAGUAACAGGACCUAUUGGGAGUGGUAAAAGUCUUGUAUUAAAAGUCCUCACAAAAGAAUACAAAAAUGUUGAAGGCGAUUUAGAAGUCGUCGGCAGCAUUUCUUACGUAUCUCAAGAACCGUGGCUUUUUCCAUCGACCAUCAAACAGAACAUUUUAUUUGGAAGUAGUUAUGAUGAAAAUCGCUACUUAGAGGUUUUACAAGUUUGUGCUCUACUUGAAGAGUUGCGACUUUUAACUGAUGGUGAUUCUUCUAUUGUAAUUGACGGAGGAGCUAAUUUAAGUAAAGGACAAAAAGCUAGAAUAAAUUUAGCGCGAGCUGUUUAUAAAGAACGUGAUAUAUAUUUGUUAGAUGAUUGUCUGGCUAGUUUGGAUACGAUUGUUGCAGAUUUUGUAUUUGAGCAAUGCAUUAAAAGAUUUUUGAAAGACAAAAUAGUGAUCUUGGCUACUUCAUCCAUAAAAUACGUCAAUAGGUCAGAUAAUGUCAUAACACUGAAAAAUGGUACAGUGCAAAGUAAAAAAGUCCACAGUAAAGCACCGAGAAAUGCGGAAACUAAAAACGGACUGACAACCAUAAGGACUUCAAGAAUUCAAGACACACUACGAAAAGAAUUUGACCAACAUCAAGAUUUGUAUGCUUCCUCUUCUUACAUGUACGCAUGUUGUGAGAAAGCAUAUCUUCUUCUGAUAGGAGCCGACCAAAUUAUUCUCCUUAUUUUCGCAAUUAUCCUUUUUUUAGCACUAGAUGACAAAAUGACAGCAGGAAAAGUUGGACUUGUUUUGUCACAAAUAUUUAGUCUGACAGGUGCACAGCUAGUAUUUUAUUGUAUGAUGACUAGACUUGAGAACCAAAUGAUAACAGUAGAAAGAGUUUUAGAAUACACUAAACAAAAGCAAGAAAACAAAGAUGGUUUAGUAAUAGAACAUUGGCCAAAGGAAUGCGAAAUACGAUUCAAAGACGUGUACCUUUCUUACAAGAGCGACCAAGACCAUGUUUUGAAACAUUUAAAUUUCUCCAUCAAAAAUAAAGAAAAGGUUGCCAUCGUUGGUAGCACUGGUUCAGGAAAAACAUCGUUGAUUUCUACACUCAUCCGACUUUACGAUUUCGAAGGAAACAUUUUUAUUGACAACGUAGACAUCAAAACACUUCCAAUGGAUUUCCUGAGAUCAAAAAUAUCUGUAAUUCCACAAGAACCUACUAUAUUUUCGGGAACGUUACGUGAAAAUAUUGAUCCUAAAGGACAACAUUCAGACGAUGAUAUUUGGAAAGCUAUUUCAACCGUGAAUUUGUCACUCUUUCAAAAUUUGGAUGAGAGAAUUGACAUGAAUUUAAGCAUUUGUGAAAAGCAACUCAUUUGUGUGUGCCGAGCUCUCAUUCAGCGUAACAAAAUCGUAAUUUUUGACGAAUGUAAUGCCAGUGUCGAUUCUGAUACUGAAGCUUUGAUACAAAAAGUAAUAUCAGAAAAUUUUGCUGAAUGUACAGUCAUCGCAAUUAUGCACAAAUUGCGUUAUAUUUUAGAUUUUGAUCUAGUAUUAGUUGUAGAUAAAGGUGUGAUUAUUGAGUCUGGUGAUCCAUCUAGUUUGCUGAAGAAAAAAAAUGGGAUGCUUAGCAACUUGUUUAAGAGACAAUGA